AUGGCAGAGGAGGGUCCUGAGGAAGCAGAGGCAGGGGCGGGGCGGGGCCCGGGGCGGGGCGGUGGGGCACGGCGCGGCGCGACGCGGGAGGGCGGCUGCGGGGCCGCGGGGCCAACAGAGCCGUGUUCACAGUGUGGGGGCCCGAGUGGACCGGACGGAUGGGCAGCGGCUGGCAAGGCUGCCCGUGCGCCCCUGCCCGCUGGGGCCCCCCCCGCCAUGGCUAUCGUGCAGACGCUGCCGGUGCCCCUCGAGGCCGUCACUGAGGGGGCUGCGCAGCUCCGCACCACUGCCCGCCCUUCCCCCACCACCAUGGGCAGCGUGGGCAGCCUCCUGCCUGGCCGACCCCGCCACGACCGCACCAGCCAGUCCUGCGACAGGGAGCCCCCUGCUGCCUCCUUCCAGAAGCAGGAGGGGCUGCUCCAGGCCACCUCUCGGGACCGCCCAUCUCUUGAGGAGCAAGGCGUAACUGUGCCCGGCAUUACCCACGCCUACGCAAAUGGGGGCUUCUGUGGCGACUGGUUCGAUGGCCCCUCUCCCACUAGCCCCUGCAGCGACUCAGAUGAGCUCCAUGAUGACCGAGCCCCAAGUGAUCACCUCCGGGGUCCACCCCCUAAGCUCGUCCCAGUCUCUGGCAAGCUGGAAGAGAACAUGGAGAAGACCCUGAUCCGCCCCAUGGCCUUCAAGCCAGUGGUGCCGAAGCUCCGGGGUGCCCAGCCAAGCACACGCCCAGGGCUCUCGGAGAGCCAGGUGAGCCUCACCCACUUGUUGGGUGCCGAGAAGCCUGGCUCUCUGAGCUGCCGUGCCAGCACCCUCUCAGACUCGGGACGCAACUCCCUCUCCAGCCUGCCCACCUAUAGCACAGGCUGCAACCAGCACCCAGAAGUGGGUGCCCUGCCAACCACUCCUCAUGGGCCCACCGAUCCUCCGGGGGGUUGCCGCCCGUCCAACUCAGACAGUGGCCGCUCGUCCUCCAGCAAGAGUACAGGCUCACUGAGUGGCCGGGGCCGGCCCUCCUCGGAGAGUGGCUCCUGUGGGCGCUCUCCCCUGCCCGGUGAAGAGGCCAUGCUGAUACGGGAGCUGGAGGACAAGCUGCGGGAGAGGGAGGCUGAGCUGCAGCUUCUGCGGGACAGCCUGGACGAGAACGAGGUGGCCAUCUGCCAGGUGUAUGAGGAGAAGCAGCGUCGCUGCGAGCAGGAACUGGAGGGGCUGCGGCAGCGCUGUGCUGCCCAGGCACGGCAGGCAGCUCAGGCAGCGCAUCGUGGACAACAGGUCCUGCAGCUCCAGGUACUGCAGCUUCAGCAGGAGAAGAAGCAGCUGCAGGAGGACUUUGCCCAGCUGCUACAGGAGCGGGAGCUGCUGGAACGCCGCUGUGCUUCCUUUCAACGUGAGCGCACUGAGCUGGCACCCCGUCUGGAGGAGACCAAAUGGGAGGUGUGCCAGAAAUCAGGGGAGAUCUCACUGCUGAAGCAGCAGCUGAAGGAGGCGCAGGCAGAGCUGACACAGCGGGGAGCUGAGCUGCUGGGGCUGCGGGCACAGCUGCGGGAGGCACGGGCCCAGCUGCAGGCAGGCGAGCAUCGGGUGCAGGGGCUGCAGGAGGCUGCCCGCCUGAAAGCGCUGGAGCUGGAGGUCUGUGCCAAUGAACUGCAGCGCCGCAAGAGCGAGGCUGACCUUUUCCGCGCCAAAGCCGGACGCCUCGAGCAGGAGGUGGUGGGCCUACGGGAAGCGGUCCGUGGGCGGUGCCCUCCACCUGGUGAGGGGUGCCUCCAACUUGGUGAGGGAUACCCCCAACCUGGUGAGGAGCCCCAUGGCAGCCUGGGGCUGCGGCAGCAGCUGGAGCAGCUGCGGGCAGAGGUGGCCCUGGAGAGGCAGCGUGGGCAGGAGCAGCAGGAUGCCUUCGAGCAGGAACGCAGCACGUGGCAGGGCGAGAAGGAGCGAGUCAUCCGCUAUCAGAAGCAGCUGCAGUACAGCUACAUCCAGAUGUACCGCCGCAACCGUCGGCUCGAGCAGCGGCUCCAGCAUCUCCGGCUCCAGGGUGAGGACGGCCCACCUGAGCACUGUGACCCCCCCGGUUCUGACCCACACUUUGAGGAGAUCACGGCCACUGAGAUCUGAGAUGCUGCCUGCCUUCACCCCAUGCUCAGAGUUGUGGGGGGUGAUCUCCACACCCUGGGAUUUUGGGAGCCCUGGGGCUGUGGAGGAUCCCUGCUCUCCCUCCAACUCUGCAAAGACCACUGGCACUGGGAGGAGGCAGAGGGGACUGCAGACACUGCCCCUUCUCCAGCAUGGAGGUGUUCAGGCAAGGGUGCGUCUGCACCCACCGCAACAGGGGGUGCCCAUGAGGUAAAGGGCCAGGUGAGUGUAGAAUCAUGGCCUCAGGGCUACCCAGAGUUGGUUCUUGCUGAUCCUCUUAGCGCCCGGGGGAUUAGCAGCACUGGCCUCAGCAAGGGUCACCUUGGGCAGGGGGAGGGUUGGCUUGUUCCGUCUGUUCCCAGCCACUUCUGAAGGGGAAUGGCAUAUGCCAGUUUGUGUCAGCCAGCCCAUGCCAGCCUCCCAACCUCCACCUCACCCCCCAUGUGUUUGUCAGGGGAUUUGUUUCUGUGCCAUUUUAAAUAACUCUAUUUUUAUAGGACCUACCAAAACAUAUCACCCUGUCCCAACUCACACUCUGCUUGUCUGUGCCCACUCACCCCAGCCACAGGGCAACUUGCCCUCAGUGCCUUUCCCAUACACUUACCCCCAGUGUUCUUGUUUCCCCACCCCAGAAAAGCUUGGCCCAUGCCCCUGUGAUUCUCAGGCUGCCAGGGGAGAGGGGCACGGUGCCAAGGGUGCCAGCUGGAGGCACCUUGAGAGUGAGCAUCCAGAGGGGUGAAACCAAAGGAAAAGUCUGGCUGUGCCCAGCUCUGGCUUGUUUGCCCCCAGCUCUGGGAGGGGAUUUUUGUACUUUAUUUUUGUUGUGUCCCAUUCCCAGAGCCUGGCUCAACUGUGUACCACCCAGAAAUGCCAAUUAAAAACAAGCCCCUGGCUCUGUUUUUUUCA